AUGACACAAGACGGGCUUUUCGCUUCAGACCUCCUCUCCCCCGCCGUUGCGGACGAGCUCCCCCAAGGCUACAGACUCCGAGCGCUGCGCCGGUCGGAUUAUGACAAUGGUUUCCUGGACUGUCUCCGGGUCCUGACGACAGUUGGCGACAUCACAAAGGAUGAGUUUGAGGAGCGCUACAACUGGAUGUCGCAGCAGAACGGUUCAUACUUUAUCAUCGUUAUCGAGGACACAAACGCCGGCGCAAACAAGGUCGUCGGGACGGGAGCCCUGCUCGUCGAGCGGAAGUUUGUCCACCGUUUGGGGGCUGUCGGCCACGUCGAAGAUAUCGCCGUCGCCAAGGACCAGCAGGGCAAGAAGCUUGGCCUGCGCAUAAUCCAGGCGCUCGACUACAUCUCGGAGAAAGUGGGCUGCUACAAGAGCAUCCUGGACUGCAGCGAGGCCAACGAGGGCUUCUACGUCAAGUGCGGCUUCAGGAGGGCCGGGCUGCAGAUGGCGCACUACUACGAAGGGGCCAAGAGUAAACCUCAGUAG